AUGUUUACUCGAGUUGCUGCUGCUGCCAGAAUUCAAUCCAGAAGACCUCUAAGACUGAGGUUGCAAUCUACACUGUCAAUUCCACAGUCUCAAAAGGGUGUUAUAUUCUAUGAGCAUGGUGGUAAGUUGGAGUACAAAGACCUGCCUGUCCCUAAGCCAAAGCCUAAUGAAAUCCUGAUCAAUGUCAGGUACUCUGGUGUGUGCCACACUGACUUGCACGCUUGGCAUGGAGACUGGCCAUUGGGUGCCAAAUUGCCAUUGGUCGGUGGUCACGAAGGUGCCGGUGUCGUUGUGGCCAAGGGUUCCAGUGUCACCAACUUCGAGAUUGGUGAUUACGCCGGUAUCAAGUGGUUGAACGGGUCCUGUAUGUCCUGUGAGUUCUGCGAACAAGGUAACGAGUCCAACUGUGCCAAGGCCGACUUGUCCGGUUACACCCACGACGGUUCCUUCCAACAGUACGCAACAGCUGAUGCCAUCCAGGCCGCUCAAAUUCCAAAGGGCACCGACUUGGCCCAAGUGGCUCCAAUUCUGUGUGCCGGUGUGACCGUCUACAAGGCAUUGAAGGAUUCCGACGUCAAGCCAGGCCAAUGGGUCGCCAUCUCAGGUGCCGCUGGUGGUCUGGGCUCCCUAGCAGUGCAAUACGCCAAGGCCAUGGGUAUGCGUGUCCUAGGUAUCGAUGCAGGUGAUGAGAAGCGUAAGCUGUUCGAGUCCCUAGGAGGUAACCACUUCGUCGACUUCACCAAGACCAAAGACCUGGUCUCAGAAAUCCAAGAGAUCACUGAAGGUGGUCCACACGGUGUCAUCAACGUCUCUGUCUCAGAGAAGGCCAUUGGCCAAUCCGUCGAGUACGUCAGACCAUGCGGUACCGUGGUGCUGGUUGGUCUACCAGCUGGUGCCACUGUCAAGUCCGACGUGUUCAACCAUGUCAUCAAAUCCAUAAACAUCAAGGGUUCUUACGUUGGUAACAGAGCCGACACAAGAGAAGCCAUCGACUUCUUCGCUAAGGGCCAAGUCAAGUCCCCUAUCAAGGUGGUUGGUCUAUCCGAGCUGCCAGAAGUCUACAAACUGAUGGAAGCCAACAAGAUUAUCGGAAGAUACGUCGUCGACACGUCCAGAUAA